AUGUUUGAUGCUUUUCAUCAAUCACCCCAUGGAGAAUUCAAACCCACUUUUUAUAAUCCUUUUGAAGUGAAACAUAGACGUCGUACUUCCCGUCAACAGUUAAAAGUUCUCGAAAAGGCCUUCAACGAAAAUCCAAAACCCCAUGCUGCUGUUCGUCAAGCGCUGGCUCUUAAGUUAAAUAUGACCCCUCGUGGUGUGCAGGUCUGGUUUCAAAACAGACGUGCAAAAGCAAAGAAA